UUUUAGCUUCACCAAAAAUUAAAAAUAUUGAAGAUGUGAAAAUAAAUAAUUAUUAAAAUAUUGUUGUUGUGCCUCCAUGAAUUUGAUUUAUACUUUUUGAUAUUUCAUUUAUUGUUUAUAAUAACGAUAACUAUAGGGACGUAAUGGAAGGUAUUUUGUGGAAGUGGACAAAUUACUGGAAUGGCUGGCAGACAAGAUGGUUCGUCUUAGAAAACGGGAUAUUAUCUUACUAUAAAUCCCAAGAUGAAGCUAGCCAAGGAUGUAAAGGUUCAGUGAAAGUUUCAGUUUGUCAAAUUAAUGUUAAUAAUAUUGAUAACACUAGAAUGGAUUUAGUAAUACCUGGCCAGCAACACAUGUACCUUAGAGCACCAUCUCCACAGGAUCGACAAAAAUGGUUGGUAGCCUUAGGUAGUGCCAAGGCAUGUUUGGAGUCCAUUGUUGAUUCAAAAGUGAUUGGAUUAGAAGAUUCCUUGAGUGAUAAGAAAUCAGAAUUGCAUCUUUAUUGUGAUUUAUUAAUGCAACAAGUACAUGCUGUAAAAAGUGCAGCUAGCCAGGAAACUGGUCCUGACAUGGAGAAAUUGGAUGAAGCAUCAAGCUUAUUAAAAUCUACUUGUGACACAUUUAUAAGGACUUUAGAAGAUAUUAUGAAAUACACCACUACUGCAACUGGAAAUAUAACACCCUUUGAAAUUCCAGUACCUAAUAUAUGCAAAAAUACUAAACCCAACCUUAAUAGAUCUCUAUCUCAGGAAAAUAGAUAAAAUUGUUGAGGAAAAAUAAUCUAAGAGUUUUUGUAUAAAGAUUUCAUCUUCUCUCUAAUUAUUAAAAAAUUGGCUAUGGAUUUUACAUUCAUAACUGUAAAAUUUACUUUAUAGGUAUAUAAAUAUGAUUUAUCUUGAAAAUUAUUGCUGUGAUAUCUUUUAUGCUUUUACACUUAAAAUGUUGGCAUAUCCUUGACACUAAUUCUUGUCUUGCAUUUUAUGUUUAAAUAAAAAGUAUACAUUUUAAAAUAAAAUGCUUAAACUAUUAAAAUCACCCUACAUUAUUUUAUUUAUGAUAAAAUUUAGGUUCAUUCUACAUACAUUUAGAUUUUUUGCAAAAUAGUUUUUUCAUUCUAUAAUUGUAGGUUUUAUGCAUUCCAAGUUCACAUUAUGAUACUACAUUUAAGUAAACAAUGUAUUUAUCUCAUAUGUAUUUUUUUUAUUA